GUCGGCAAUUCAUUUGUUUUCCACUAGAAUAAUCCGCCGCAUAGACGAUAAUAAAGUGUAAUUAACUAAAUCAUAUUAUAUUGGAUAUUUUCCAGUCGGCGCGUGGCGAAAAAACCGUAGGUAACAAUAUUAUUCGACAAUGACGUUAAAAACUCGCAAAAAUUAAAAAAAAAAAAAAAAAACGGCGCGCGCAUUAUUUAAACACAGUGUUUUUAACGUAUACGAUCGUGGUGAUGGCUGUUUACCGAUUGCCCACUCUUGUGUUCGUAUUUAAUGUUACGACCUAUCCGCGAACAGUUGCAUUAAUCGCACGGGUUGGGCGAUUAUAUACUUACUUUAUUAUAUUUUACUACUUUUACUAUAGUUCGCGGUUGGUUUUCGCUCAUUCCGGAACCGCACUCGUUGCGAAUUACUCGCACCCGAUCGUCGUCGGGUCAUUGUCAAGCACGCCUCCGAUUCCCAUCCCCGUGUGUGCAGUCAACUGCAGUCCGUCGAUUGUUUUUAAUUUCUUAAUUUUCCAUCUCUAGCUCCCCCCCCCCCCAGACAAAUUUCGUUUUUUCGGCCGACUCGCUACGACGACGUUAACACGACAAUACCAUGGCCGGGAACGACAGCGCGACGCUGCAGGCGAAUAACACGGACGGCGGGAUGGCGUUGAUGGUAACGCAACUCGAAUUGGACGCAUUGAAAUUCAACAUCGACAACAUGUUUUUGAUCGUUAACGGGAUAAUCGUGUCUUGUGAGUACGAAAAUAAUAUUAACGUUUGUCGUUUUUUUUAUUUUUAAGACUCAUUCGCAGUUACAUCAAUUAAAUGUUGCAAAUACGACCUAACAAAUUCGAAUUUCACAGUACACAAUUAACAACGGUUUUUUUUUCAAUUUCUGAGCGAAUUUUACAAUGAUAUCUUUCGCUUUGUGUCUGUAAGACAAUUUUUCUAUCAGCAAUCUUAUUCCAGUCGAAAACUUCAUAAGAACUUACUUGCAGAAUUUUUUAAUCCAGCAGGAGCAUUGUUGAGGUCAUUUUUUUUAUUUUCCUUGUGCAGUCGACGAUUCUCAAACGCGACAAAAUAUGAAUACUUAAUUAUUCGCGCAAAACAACAAUUUUGGUAAACGUCUAAACGAAUGUGAAUUGUAACAAAUCCGUCAAUUCGAAUUCGCACGGGAAGGGGGGGGCAGAAAGGAUAUUAGAACAGAUAUAUCGAAAUCGAGCUCGUUGCGUUCCAAUAAGUGACCUCCGUGUCGUCCAAGAUCCACGUCCGGCAAAACGACUGUACAAUCGUAAAAGUGCAGAAAACGUAAAAAAACCCAUCUCGAUGCAAUUAAAUAAGUACCUACAUCAUGCGUUUCCAAGGUAAUCUUUGAAAUUUGUGUGUAAAAUAUAAUAUAGGUAUAGUAACCUAUAAGCUGGUAAGCUGGUUUAUAACGUUUUAUCGCGUCUAGACGUCGCAAAAUGCGAUUGAGUAAUACCGAUUUAAUUAAGGUUAUGUAUUAAUACGAAAAAUUAUUGUGUAUGUUAAUAUCAUUUUUUUUAAUUUUUUUGUAAUGGAUGUUAUUAUUAUUAUAAUUGGUAGAUAGCCGUCGAAAAAAGUCGUCGAAACGGAGGUUAGCCACAUCGUUAACGUUAUCGUCCAAGUACUUUUGUCUUGCGUUUCCCCCGCCAAUGACUCGUGUAGUACCUGUUUUUGCGAUACAAAUUUCGUUCAAAUCGCAUUUUGCGACGUUGUAUCGAACAUCGAAAUUUGCAUUUAGUUUGUGACAAUAUUGUGUAAUAUUAUACAUAAAAAGCGAAAAGAAAAAUCCAAGCUCAAAAAGAAAACGACGCCCUCGAAAUGCAUCGAUAUAACAUUCACCAAGCUUUUAAUUUUUCAGUUUCCCUUCUUCUAUUUUCCUAUAUUUCCUUCUUUUCUCCCUUUUACCUGCUUUGCCACGAAAUCGCUAAUCAAUGAUUGAUGGCUGUUUUUUUGAAAUAUUACCCUCCAACACGAUGCAAUGUAGACAAAACAAAUUGAGAAGAAACGAUUUUAAAAAUGAUUGAAUGUGAAAUCUCCAAUAAUAGCCGCCAAGCGUUUUACAGCGAUUUCAUGGAAAACAGAAACAAGAGUAAAAGAUAAAAUUAAGGAGUGGACGAGAAGUAUAGGGAAACAAAAAAAAUGAAACCCAGAAAAUCGAAAGCUUGGCAAAUGUCGAUAUCGAUGCAUUUCGGGAGCAAAUUUUUUGGUUUUGCUACGUAAAAGCUCUCUUGUCGUUUUCUGAUAGGCCGGAUAGGUGGCAGAUUUCCGUUAAAAAAGUUAUUUACGAGCAGUAAAAUUUAAAAAAAAAAUUUAAAUGCGCACACAAUAGUAAAACCAAUACGAGUACAUCGCGAAUAGCGUCGUGAACAUUCGAAUCGACUUAUCGUAACAGUAAAUUUUAGAUCGCGAGCACGUGUAAUCAGUAAUAGCGCGGUCAUUUUACGAUCACCGCAUUAUGUUUUAUACAUAACGUGUGCGACCCACGUGUAGCCAAUUUAGAAACUGUAAAGUAGGCACAUGCCUUGGGCUUUAAUAUGCGACGUAGAGGGUUAAUUUUUUUUUUUUGUCUAAAAGCUGUAUAUUAUUAUUAUAGGUAAUAAAAUAAUAAGAGUACAUUAGAUUCCGAUAUUCAAUAGAUUUAUAUACUAUGCAAUAAUUACAUUGGUUUUUUUUUUUGUAUUGUAAAUAUAAUACUAUCAUACAAAUUAGUUAAUCCUUUAAGUACAAAAUAACAAUUGAAAAAAAAAAUGUUACUUUUUUGCUCAAGAUAAAUAGGAACUGUUUAUUUUAAUUUACAUUUUCAAAACGAAUGUAGAAAUUAUGUAUACAACAUACAAACAUCGUCAGUUUUCAGAACAUAUAAGUCAUUUUAAUUUAAUGUUUAAAUUUUUUUUUUUUUUUUAUUAAUAAAUAGGCCCUCGGCAGCAUAGGCCAUUGGGCCGUUAGUUUACAAUUAUUGUAUACGAUAAUGACAUACUAUUGUGUACUUAUUCUAAUUAAUCUAGUUUAUUAUAGGUUUUUAAAUCUUGGUUUGGAGUUUGGCCGCUGUAAUGAAUUCGAUGAUGUUGGAUAUUGACUGAUGUUUAUUUUGUAGUAUUUCCGCUAUUGAAUCAGUGAGGUUGAAAAAUUUUCUCGUGUUUCGGUAUAUUCGGCAUUCAGUAAGAAUGUGUUUGAUGGUGACAUGAACGCCACAGGCUGUGCAUAUUGGUGAUUCUUCCUUGGCCAUUAGAAAACUGUGGGAGAUUUGAGUGUGUCCGAUUCUAAGUCUUGUUAGUAUAACUUCAAAUUGUUUUGGUAUUUCUGAAGGAAACGUCCAAUAGUCUAUAUUAUGUUUGAUUUGGUUAAGUUUAGUGUGGUAUGAUGUCCAUUUCUGGUGCCAUCUUAGUUGGCAUUUAUUUAUGAUCAAAGUUUGUAUGUCCUUUGACAUAGUGAUUUGUGUAGACAAUGAUAGUGGCGAGGAGAUUGCGGCUUUUGCUGCGAGGUCAGCGAGCUCAUUUUCAUUUAUGUUAGAAUGUCCGGGAAUCCAAAAAAGUUUGACUUUAUAAUUGUUGUUUUGGAGAGUGUAGAUUUUAUUUUGAAUGUGUAGGCCAAUGUCUGAUGGAUUAUAUGUAUUUUUUAUACUGUUGAUAGCACUGAGGGAGUCUGUAAAGAUGAUGGAGUCUCGGAUGUGAUGUUUGGUUAUUAUAUCGAGGGCUUUUAUUAUAGCCGUUGACUCUGCGGUAAAAACUGAGUAGGAACCCGGAAGUUUGUACAUACAUUUCAUGUUGUUCCAUAUUACAGUGGCUCCGACCCCGUCUUGACUUUUGGAGGCGUCAGUGUAAAUUUUAUCUCUUAUGGCAUUUUGUAUUAAUCGUUGAUAUUGUUGUUUGUAUAUAAAUGGGGAUGUGUCGUUUUUUUUUAAUAUGGAGAGUUCAGUGUUGAUUUUAUUGAUAUUUUUCCACGGGGGGGGGGGGGCAAAGUAGGCGGAAUAGUUAAUAAAUUAGAUAUUUCUAUUUCUAAGUUGUUCUCCUGGAGUAGUAUUGGUAAUAGUUGAAACUUGAAUUUGAAAUCUAGAGUAGGAAGUGCAUUUGCUAAUUUUAGUUCGUGAUUUAAUGUGAUUUUAAGUCUUCUUAUGUCAAGUGGAGGUGUACCGGCCAGGUUGUAAAUACAGGGUAUUGGACUUGAACGAUAAGCGCCAACCGACAUACGAAGUCCUGAGUUAUGGAUUAUAUCCAGUUUUCUUGUUAUUGAUUUGUUUGCGUUUAUCCAAAUGAAGGCUCCAUAAUCGAGUUUGGACAGGAUAAGUGACUUAUAAAUUAUUGUCGAAACAUGGGUCUUGGAAUCCCGUGAUGUGUGGGAUAGCAUUUUUAUAAUAUUGAGGCGUGGAGUAAUUGAGGUUUUCAAGAAGUUGAUAUGGUGAGCCCAGGAGCAUCUUUUGUCGAAUAUUAUACCCAGUAUUUUAAUAGUAUUAUUAUUUAUUAAUUUUUGUUCUCCCAUUUUUAUGUUUAUUGCACUUUGUUUACGUUUACAUGUAAAAACGAUGCAUUGAGAUUUUUCGGGUGAGAAAGAGAAACCAGAUGACUGGGUCCAUUUGAGGAGGUUGUUAAUGGCGUGUUGAAGGUGAGUUUGGACGGUUACUAGGCUCUUGCUUCGGCAAUAAAUAUUGAAGUCGUCUGCGUAGAGGGUGGAUUGGACAGGCAGGGAAAUGUUCUUUGUAAUAUUGUUGGUGGCUAUGAGGAAAAGAGUAACCGAAAUUGAUGAUCCUUGAGGAACUCCGUUUGCUUAAUGUUUAAUUGUUUAAACAUUUAUGUAUACAACUUUUCAAACAUAAGCACUUGCUUAAAACGUUCUCAGUGUUUAAAAUAUUUCGUAAUUCUUCAUAAUGCACCUUUACAAUUUACAUAUACAGGGCGAUCAUCAUUCCAUCGUAAAACGAUCAUUAUCUCGUUAAGUAUUACUUUUUUUCGAAAUUUAUUUUUAUAGAACAUUUGAGAAAUAAGCAACUCUAAAAUUUUAUAUCUAUUUCAUUUUUUGUCACUCCUACUUUUGAUUUUUAAACGGCAGCCUGUAUUAAAAAUUCAAUAAAUAGAUAGAUUAUUAGUUAAAAAUAAAUUUUAGUUUUGACAUUUUUGAUUUCCGUCAAUCCGUUGACGAGAUAUUCCACUUUUAAGUUCUGCUCGGGGGAGAGAAGUGGAGCAUCAUUUAUGUGACAGCAUGGCGCAUGGAUCACGGAAACCAAAAAUUUCAGUACGAACAUUCUUCCCCACCUCAAAUUAAUGGCGAAAAAAAAUAACAUAAAUAUAAAGUUGUAGAGGUGUUUGUUUCUUAAAUGUUAAAACAAAUUCCGAAAAUGUUAAUACUUUCCAAGGUAAUGAGUGUCUCAUGAUUGAUCACCUGUAUAUGUAUAUUGUAUAUAGUAUAAGUAUAAAGUAUUUUAAGUUGAACAAUUAUCAGAAGAUGACUUUAGGCUCUUUUCACAUUAUACGGUUUUGACCGUACAGCAAAAAUCCAAAAUCGUAUAAUGUGAAAACGAGCAGGGCCGGAGAGGGUCCUAAAUUCAAUCCUGGAAAACAUAUUUUGUCGGCCCAUUAGCUCAUCAGCUAAUAGUUUCCGGGGCUAAUCUACAGACAUAUGUUUGAAAAAAUUAUUCUUUGAUCCAUCAAAUAACUUGAAAAUUAACAAAUACAUUUUUUUGUUUUAACAUUUUUAUUUAAUAUAUUAUAUAUAUAUAUAUAAAAAUAAAUGCAUACAAAUUUCAUAUAGUGUAUUCUAUAACUUAAACAGUAAUUUAGAAAAUAAUUAUUAGAUAGUUCAUUUACAAAUGAAUCAAAACGAAUAGGUGAUAAUAAUGUUAAAUCAAGAAGUAUUUCUUUAUUAUUUGUAAAUCGGUUUUCUAUACUUUGUAUAAUUGUAUCAAAUACUCUGUUGUAUACAUCAAUAGUAAACUUUUUUUUAACAUUCAUAAUAGUAUCAUCAGUAGCCUCAACUUGCCAUUUUUUUUUUUUCUAAAAAUACGUUUCAAUUCUAAUGUAUCAAAAAUGUUUUUCCUGUUCAAGGAUAUGUAUUAUUUAUUAAUUAUUAUUACACUAGACAUCUAGACAGUUCUUAUUUUAAAAUAAUAAUUUACCUUCAAGUACUGUAUAUGAAUUAGUAGGCAGGUCAGUAUCAGUUUUAACACAGUUUUCAUUUGAUUCUACUAUAUAAUUGUCUGCUGCUUGAUCUAUUUUAAAUUAAAUAUAGCUGACAUGAGCAAUGGACAAUUUUUAUUUUAAAAUAAUAAUUUACCAUCAAGUGUUGUUUUUGAAAGCAUCUGUAAUUCUGUAUUAUUUUUCUCAUAUUUACUAUGCGAUUCUGCGGUAAGUUUUUUGAUUUGACCUAUUUUAAAUAAAAAUAAUACCAAAGAACAUAAUAAUUCUUACUGAUUUUCAGCGUUUUCAUAUUUUAAAGAGAAUUUCCCGUAAAUUUCUACAGUAAAAAAUAUUAACUACUUACCGGCUGAAUUAAAUAACGAAAUAAUAUUUGUGCAAUUUUGAGUUGACAUUUUUUUUAUCGCGUUCUUUUUAUACUCCUCCUUUUCUUUUUUUCAAUAUGUGUGAAUUGUUUAUUAUGAAAAAAUUAAAUUGUAGAAAUGUAAAUUGAUUGUAAAGAAAAAACAAAAUAAUAUUAUAAUAAUAAACGGUCAAAAACGUAUAAUGUGAAAAGAGUCUUAUACGGUGUAACUGGACUAUAUCGACUAUCCAAUUAAUUAACUGAAACCUCAAAAACUUACAAUAACCUCAACAAUUUUUACCCGCAUAAAAAUAUAGCUGUUUUCCAACCCCUAGAACCCAUUACCUUGAAUGUUUAUACCCGACCUACUCGAUUUUCCCUAAUCCCAAUUACCUGCAACACCUACUCACCCAAAAUGUGAUGCGCAGCAACUGCUACACUCGAAGUAUAUUAUAGGCUGCACCACUCGUUUAAUCGGUUAUAUGCUCUAUCGCCGUUGAUUUUGUUAUAUUAUAUGAUUACAGUAGUUGUAGAUAACAUAAUUACUAAUCAUUGUUAUGAAAAUAAAAAUGAUUCGUAACGAAAUGUUAUUGAGAGUAAAUUGAGUCACGGUUACCGCGAUAACGCGAAAAAAAAAAAUUGCAACUAUUCGAACACAUUAGUUAGGUAAUGUUUGAGUUGUUCAUUGUUUCGAACGAAAUACGAACGACACACGACUAAAAUGUUAUUUCGAAGUGAUUAUGUCGAUUAUACCGGUAUUGAAAACUAUAUUUUACGAAAUGUUUAAGCAAAACGGAUAACACGACGACACGGUCGACACUGAACGAAAGUUUUCGAUUUAUCUAUGAGCUAUAGUGUUAGGUAAAUAAUAUUUUUAAGCAUUUAAAAAAAUAAAAUGCAUUUUAAAUUUAGAUGGUACACGAGGAGGUGGUUUUUUGAUUUUACGGAACUUUUCUAAACGUGGAAAAUUGUUUACACAUUUUAACGAUUUUGAAUUAUUUGUAGGCGUUUGACAUUUGUGAAUACUUUUUUUAAUUUAUUAUUUGAUAGGUCCUAAGUAUGUGGAUAAAAUUGUUUGACCAAACAGAAAUCCUAAUAAAUUUAACUCGAGGUUCUUGCAAGUAGUACUUAUUUGUAAAAAAAAAAAUAAACUUGGCAUAAAGUAGUAGUUUAUUUUUAAGCAUUUAAGAUCAAAAUUUGACGAAAAUCGUAAAAACGACGGCUUUUCAAAAAGUAUAUAUAACCGAACUUCGUUCAGUAUAGUUUUUUGUCAGCAAUGGUUUAUCGUUGCUUACCAAUUUAAUCAUUUUAACCAAAUUAUCAAUUAAAUAACUUUAUACUUCCCAGCUUCGCGCGUACAACAGUGGCACGCCCAUAAAUAAAAUCUGCUGACUGCUCUUUUUGUUUCGUUUUGAACAAAUAACUAAAGUAACAUUGGUUUAAUCGGAUAAUUCUUAAAAGAAGACCUAUUCUUCUUCGGUAUAAUAAACGCUGAUUUCUAAACGCGCGUUUCGGCACCUCGUUUAUUUUACAUAUUAUAGUUACUGAAUUUCCUUGUUGCCGUAUAAACGCAUAAUUUGCCAUUUGUAUAGCCAUGUCACGUCGUAAAUAUUUCCUAAACAAAUACAAAUAAUCAUCAUUAAAUUUUAAAUUAUUUGAUCGGUUUAGACAACCAAGUACUUCUAUCGCCGUCGUAUCGUGCUGAUAUUCAAUUUUCCGGGAACGUUUUCAAUAAGCGCAGCACGCAGGUUCCCUUGGCCGGGUAAGCGGCGAUUUGUUUAAAUAAAAACCUUAUAGAAAAUCAUUGACGUUAGUGCGAACGUAUUGUGUUUAAUAAAUCAAUAAAACACGCAUUUUUCCCUUUUCCAAUUUCGCCUAAAAAAGUUUUUAACUGGUUAUAAUAAUUGGUAAAGCAAAAAGAAAUUUCCACAACCGUGGGUAUUAAGCCACCGCAGGGGUAAUAAAUGGGAAGUUUAAAAUGCAUAUAUGGAAUAUGCGGUGCUCAAUUUAAUUUAUACAUACUGAAUAAAACGAUACCUACAUAAAUCAUUAAGCAAAAAACGAUUUCGAGUGAAGUAGUACUGUGUUGUUAUUUAGUAGAGUGAUUAUUCCCGCGCGUGUGGCCAAGGUAACUCAGACAGAAAUCGACAAUAAUAAAACCGUCUUAGCCACAAUUAGAAUCUACAAGUUUAAUCAAAUAACUACAGCGUAAUAUUAUUAUUGUCGAUAAACGAAAAUAAAUAUCUUCAACUUUUUUUUUAAGAUUCUGAGCGCUGCACCGUGAGAAACGUUUUGUUUUUACUACGAUGUAUGCUUAUAAUUUAUUUUUUCUGUCUGUAAACAAUCUUUAUACCAGGAAUGUUGCUCCAAUCAAAAAAUGACAAGAGAGUUUUUUUUGUAGUAUUGGUUUGUUUUUGAUUUUUCUUGUAGUUUUAUUAAUAAUUGGAAAAACAAUAGAAUAAACGGGAAAGUUUACCGAUAUUAACGGUUUUAUUAUUUUCUAUAAUUUUUCAAUUAAAAAUUCAAUUGAAAAUAAUCAUAGAAAUCUGUGGUUUUCACAGAAUACUAGUCUUUUCUAGGCGAUGUUAAAAUUUUCAAAAUAUUAUGGUUAUUUUUAAACUAUUUAUAAUCAUUUAACAAUUUUGAGUUUUUAAAAUUCAAGUAGGUGUGCAUUGUUUACAUAUAUAAUACAUAAAUCAAUUUAUAAAUUAAUCAUUAAAUCAUUAUAAUCAAUUUAAAAAGCUAAAAAGCUUACAGGACGGGGUAAUUUGCUUUUAAAUCACGGAGACUUCAUUGGUCCUUUAUUGAAUAGUUGUUACAUUAUUUACAUUUCUACAUAUAUAUUUACAUUAAUACAUUGUUUACAAUUGUAAUAAUAUUCAUAAGCCAAUCUAAUCUAACCUAACUACGUGGUGCUUCUAGGUAUACACACCUACCUAUACUGACAAGCAAAAUAACACUCGUGAUCCUAUGAACAUUGAACGUGUACCUAUAAAUAAUAUGUAGAAUAUGAUAUAGAUUAUGACGAUUUGGAAUCCACACGAACGCGGUUCGCGGUAAAGGAAAAUAAUAUGUGUCAUAAAUUAAUGUAUCAUUUAACUUAACAAUAAUAAUAACAAUAUGAUAGUGAAUAGUGAUGGUUAAACGUAAACCCCGUUUACCUUGGCGUUGCCAUGUGUUAAUAUUGACAUUACGUUUUAGAUUCUGAGUGGAGCUUAGAAUCUUCUUAGGACCUUCUUUUUUUCUGUGCUUUCAUUUCUACUGGCAAUUUUGCUCUAACUUUUAAUGAUAGCAAUGUCUCUAAAAGGAAAUAUCACUAGGGAGUUUCUCUAAAGAGAGGUCAUUUUUGAUUUUCCCAAGAGUUAAAAUUCAAAAAAAUGUUAACUUCUUACUUAAUUAGUUAAAUUUAUCUUUUGUUAACUAUUUACUUUCAAACUAAAGCAUUUUUGUAUAUAUUUUAACUUAAUUUGAACUAGUUAAUUAUUUUCAUUAACUUGUCCAUCUUUGAUAAUUUACACACCUAUGUACAAUAUCGACAUUUUCUUAUAUAUUUUUUUAGUGAUAAUUAGUACGAGCGAUAAACGAAUCAUUAUAUCAAAUACAAUAACUCGUAUCAUAAUAUUAUUUUACUUUUACACAAUGAAUGCAAUAAUUUUACGAUUUUGUUAAACAUCAGUGCAUUUUUUUUUUUUUGAUAGGUAUUCUCGUAUAUUGUUAUUAAAUAUUCGGGUAGGAACGAUUAGGUCGGACGAUUGAUCAUAUACUUCACCAAAAAUUCGCCGCUGACUCAAAAAGAUUAAUAAAAUUGAGAUUUGAUAACGAAUUUACGUACAAUAUUGCCAUAUCGUUUAAUAUGCUAUCGAGCACGUUGUAUUUUUUAUUUUAGUCGAACGAUUGCUUUUUGUGACACAGUCACAACUCUUAAGUCAGUCCUUAUCAGUAUAAAAACAAUUUUUUUUUUUAAACUGAGCAUAAUGAAAAUAUGAGUACAUUAAUAAGAUAUUUUCCUGUUUACAUUUCUCUAAUUGUUCGUUUAUCGUUAAUUCCCGUUUUAAUCAAAAAUUUUAAUUUAAUAAAAUUAUUAUGAUACCUAUGCCUAUCAUACCUACUCACUGUUAAAACGUGUGUAGGUACACAAACUUUGAGUAAUUGAAAACCUUGAAUUUUUUUUUAAAAAAAGAAAGAAUGUUUAAAAUUUAAUAUUUACAACAAAUCGUUUUGCUAAAAUGUAUGAUUUUCAAUACUUAAUUUAUUGAUAAAAUCGAAACAUACCUAUCAUGUUUAAUUUUAUAAUUUUGUAAAUACGAGUAUGAUGAACACUCGCUACGAUUACUGGCGCCACUCGACGUCAUAUUAACCUACGCCCUACGGGUUCAAACCUGGUACGGGUGUAAGGAAAAUAAUGUCCCAAAUGUUAAACUAAAUUUUCUAGAUGGCCUGGUGACCUGAUUUUUGUACAUAAUAUUUUACUUAAUCGCGUUAUUUACAAACUUAGUGAAAAGUUUUGCCGAAACACAUAUUAUAUUCUCGUUUCAGUAUACCUAUUAAGUUUGUUUUACACAUACAUUUUACUCAUUCUAGUUUAAAACAUUAAGGUGUAUAUUUACGAAAUUAGUUUUCGAAUUUGUAUCUUUUUAAAACUGUCUUUUAAACCGCAACUUACUAUUUUUUUUUUCCGUUUUAACAUUGAUGUUUGAAGUGAGUUUUUUUUAUUUAUUUAAUAACAACCUACGCCUAAAUUUUAAUCAUAUUGUCAUUAACUUUACCCCCUUUUGAUAUACCUAGGUAAACUAUAUGGCGGCAUAAACGCCAAAAGCAACAGUAAACAUUGAAUCUACGUAUGGCCACACGUGUUGAUAUUUGCUCGCGUUUAAGACAUUUAUUCAAUCUCAAUUAUUUUAUAUUUGCUUUUUAUUCAUUAUGAUAAGUAGAUAUCGCGGCAUCUAAAAACUGUUUAAUCAUUCGGUUCACAAUCGCACAUCGCGAUAAUUAUCGCUUAGAACGUACUUUUGAUUCACCAUAAUCUACACUAUUAUGCAACUAAGCAAGAUUAUAAUAUUAUUCUAUAUCGAUAAUCAUUUUAUCAAUUCAUUAGAUGAAGUUGUAAUUAACAAUACUAUUCAAAUAUGACGCGUGUGUAUUAAUUUUUAAAUAAUACCCGACAAUCGUGUUUAUAGGUUUGUUUUGUAUAUCAUAUACAGUAUCUGGCGGAAGUCAUUGAAAUUAUUUGUGCGAGUUAUCGUUACGUUUUUACUGAUACCAACAGUCUUACUAGAUCAUGACAUGAUCAACGACGGCGUCUUAUCGGCCAUAAAUGUUAUGUUUUUAUUGAACAAUUAUCACAUAUGAAAUUCAUAAAUACACAAGUACAUUUUAUGAUUUAUUUAUCUCCUAAAGCAUACAUUGUGUUGGAGUUAGAUAGUCAUAAAAUCAAGCAAAUAUACGCAUAAAAAAAACAACUAAAAUAGACGAACUAAAUAAUAAUUUUAAUACUUAAGUUAUAAGUUUUAAAAACUGUUACGAUUUAUAACCCGCCUGUUGAUGCUGCCAACUUACAUAUUGUUGUAUUAUUAGGUAUAGAGAGAUUAUUGAAAAUGUAUACACAUAAUAUCUUUACCGAGCUCUACUGUCACAAUACAAGGCUGUAUCCAGACAUUUUUGAGGGGGGGGGGUCCAAAACAUGUAUAUUGUAAUUAUAUUGAAUUUAGGUUUUGAUAGUUGGUUAAAAAUAAGACAAGAAAAAAUUAUCUUCAUUUAUUAAAAUAAAAAUAAACAAAAUUACUUUGACAUCUUGUCACCACUUCAUUUUUUUUUUUCAUGUUUUGUACGGUGUACAAAACAUGAAAAAAAAAAAUCAUACUUGAAAUCAAUAAUAUGCUCCUAUCUUUUUGAAGAGCAAACUAAUUUAAAACUUCUUCGGGAUCUAUCGUAACAUCUGGUCGUAAAAUAUAUUCAUAUUCAUAAUUGUACUGAAAUUUGAAAUACGGAAACUGAAUAAAUGAUUAUAAUAUUAUAAUGUAUAAUAAUAAUUCAUACUAUACGGUACGAGAUCACGGUGUUAACAUGUAAAUAUAUUGUAUAAUUGUAUUUUUUAUAUUCAACAGUUAUGCAAGCCGGAUUCGCAUGCCUAGAAGCUGGAUACGUGCAGCCAAAGAACGUGACGAACAUUUUGAUGAAGAAUAUAUUGGAUUUGUGUGAGUAUAUAUUGUGAGUAUAUAUUAUGAGUAUAUAUGCGAGUUCAAAAUUUUUAAGCAGAUGUAUACUCGGAAAAGAUUUAAAAAUAAAAAAUCCUUUUAGCAGUCGCUCUUUAUUAACGUACGUGUAUUGUUUAUUUUUGCGAUUCGACUUCACGCAGUUUUUUGCGCCAUAUCAUACUGGCUGAUCGGUUACGGACUGGCCUACGGAGGCGGGGGAUGUGGAUAUUACGGCAAGGAAUACUUUGCCAGCGUCGGGAUGCCGGAAAUCAAAAACGGCGUAUGGUUCUUUCAGUACGUGUUUGCCGCCACUGCCGCCACUAUCAUAUCGGGUGCCGUGGCCGAGAGAUGCAAUUUUAUCGCCUACGUAUUCUACAGUGUGAUCAUAUCAGGUAACCAUUGGUACCUAAAAACGAUGACAGUGGCUAAAGAACAACAAAAAUUCUACAAAACACCAAAAAAGUAUUAGGGAAACAACGUUUCACGUGAAAAUAAUUAUGUAAAAAAAUAAAAUGUUAUAAUGUUAAUAAUUUAGAUACAUAAAAUUAUGACUGAUGCAUAAAUUUGUACAUAUAGUAUUAUUCUAACGGCUCAGCGAUUUGGUUUUUUAGGAUUCUAACAUUUUAUCAGUGUUCGGUUCAUUUCAUCGUUCUACAUUACCUACUUAUUGUUUUCUGAACUAUUAUUUUCCAUCAACGCUUCCAUUUAUUUUUCUAUAUUUUGCGUCAAAUUUCCCUCGAAAAUAGAUCCUAUAUGUAAACAUAAUAAUAUGCAUAUAUUUUUUUCUCGCCAUUUUUGGACGAGGAAAUUAAGGAAUAGGUUGUUAAUACGACGAUGGACCCAAACCGUCUUUUCCAAGAAGAAGACACAAAAUAGGUGGGAGGAAAGUUUUGACUCUAGUGACGGAGCUCUGCCACUCACGGUCGUUUUUAAUAUACGAGUGACUUUUUUUUGGCCACUCGUCACUCGUGUGUCCCGAAACGCCUCAACGUUCAUAUGUAAAUACCGAAAUUAUUUGUGAACCAAUUAAAAUUUGUCUGUUCAUAUAAUAUCAAAAUGGUUCACAUUGUAUUGAUGACAACUUGUUCUUUUUUUGUACAAAAACAAAACAUUUCAUUUAUGAACGGCUUAUAUACGGUUUUCAACGGUUUUAAUUUUUCAAUCGAGUCACCGGUCACUGCCUAUAUACACAGGAUUAUUUAGUAUUCCGACCACGUACUCCUGUCUUAGGUUUUCAUAACAUUAUUGCAUUCGAAACUUCAAUUUUUUUUUUUUUUCUGGCACUGUGCCCUCGUAAAUUCCGAGUUCUCCUAAAAACGUGAGUUUUCUAUAGAUACUUUUGUGUUUAGGGUCAUUUAUUUUUUUUUUUAAUUGGUAGCGUCAUCGUAAAGAAACGGUGUCACAACGAAAUAAAAUGACUGCACGUAUCGAAAACAGUAUUAGAGUGCCAAUAUUUCCUAACAGACGAUUUUUUUUUCACUACCAAUAAUAUUAUUUAAAAAUCAACUAUCAUUGACAAUUCAAUUUUGAUACCAAAAUACUAAAAACCCUGUGUGUGAGCCUCAAUAUUACAUUCAAAUUUUUUUUUUUUUGAGAGUGGGAGUACGUAUGUAUCAAAUGGUCGAUUAACCUAACUUAAUAUUUGUAUAGGUUUCACGUAUCCCAUUGUUUCACAUUGGGUAUGGUCGUCUGACGGUUGGCUGUUAAAGCUCGGUUACACUGACUUUUCCGGGGCCGGGGCCGUGCACAUGUUGGCCGGCACCUGUUCAUUCGUGGCGGCACUGUUUAUCGGCCCGAGAAUCGGACGUUUCGGCAAUUUUAACGGUUCCAACGAAUACAGUGGACAUUCCAUGCCGGUAAGCAAAACUCGACGAAUAUUAAUGCACAUGCUUUCACGUCUAGAACUUUUUUUUUGGCCACAGCCUUCAAGAUCAAACACCAAAUACCCAAACACAUUCACCUGCGAUUAUCACUUAUAUCCUCAACCAAGCCGUAACAAUUUUUAUCUGUUUGUAUUUUUAUCAUACCUCACAUUAUACGCGGUCUUCCCUAAGGUAUUUUUCCAUUUAGAUCAUCCCGUAAUAAUAUCUCUACGAAAUCAUCCUGGUUUUUCAAUAGAUACGUGAUAGUAGUAUUUAUUUUGUUUUGGUCACUACUACUAUGGCUGGUCUGCUUUAUAACUAUUCAAUAGUUUACCUAUCCUAACCUACCUAUCUUUUUUCUAUGGUUUCUAUAGGGAACAUACACCAUCUCACACCUAACCCACCACCAUUUUUUAUUCAGUCUAUCCAUUUAUUUUUCUUUUCAGUUCGAACCACUAACAAAUAUUUCCAAAUGCUUUUUUAUUAGGUAUUGACGUUUUUCCCAACUAAUCCUUGAUCUUCCUAGAGGUCUUUAAUUCACACAGAUUCUGCUCCGUCGCUUAUUAUUAAAUACUUAUUACUAGCGUUAUUAGCUGUCCAUUCUUUGUUUAGGUAUUUAUUUUCGCACAUCAUUUGUCUUUGUGAUCACCGUGAAUAUUAAAUUGUUUACAGCUAGUGGCCACCGGGACGAUGUUACUCAUAUCGGGAUUUCUAUCGUUCAACGGCGGAUCGCUGGGACACAUUACGGAACCGGGCGACGGGGUGAUCGUUGCGAAUAGCGUUUCCAACACGAUUUUGGGCGGUAGCGGAGCGGCUGUGUUGAUGCUCAUCCUGUCCAAUUUUGGUCUGGCCGGCAAGUCCAAAUGGCCUUUCGCGAUGACCGUUAACGCCAUCCUGAUCGGUAUGGUAAGUACACCACUUCCCCCCCCUCUCCAGUGGCGCCAAAUGCGUUUUUAAAUAGUCUGGUCAAUAGUUAUAGUAGACCUAACCACCACCUAUCUACUUAGGUAUCAACAGGAUAACCGUAGAAUCACUUUUUCACCUUAUCUCCAAUACGGAACUAUUGAAAACCAUGUAGUUUUAAUUAUCUCAUCAUUUUUAUUGCAUAGGUAUUCUAGCAUAUGUAUACAAAAUAAUUGCAUAGGCAUUAAACAUUUUCUUUAAUAAUAUUUGUUUGAUAUUGUCUCUAUUUCCCCGUUUUUACUGUUUUUUCCCGGUUUUUCUCAUUUAUUGGGGAUACUCCUGGGGAAAAUCAAAAAAAUGAUCUCUCUAAAGUACCAUCUCAGUCAAAUUUAAUUUUAGAAAAAGUGCUAGCAUUUUAAAUUGGAGCAAAAUUGCUGGUAGAAAAGUUGUCCACAGAAAAAAAAAAUAAAUAAACAUCUUUGUAAAACCAUAAGUCUCUUCGCUCCACUCAGAAUCUAAAAUGUAAUUAGGCAUGCAUUCAAAUUAUAAAUACAAAAUUUUAUUUUAAUUCUAAUAAAUUUAACUCUGCAUAAAAUUAUUACUAAAUCAAAUAAAAAAAAAACUAUUUUUCUAGUGUGUGUAUUUUGCUGAUUAAUUUAAGUGUUUAAAAAUGUCUUUGUAAACUAUUCCUAGCAUGUUUUAUGCAAAAUAAAAUAUAACAGUACUUUAAAUACACACUAAAAAUAAAGAAAUAAGAUAGUAGUGUUAACACCGUGGCGUGACCGCCAACGAGACUCUCAAUAGCACGACCUAUAAGAGACUAAUGUAAAUUAAUCAUUGACGGAAGCGUAAAAUGUUAUUAAUUUGAAUUGGUCAACAACCAAAAUACAAAUUGGUUAAUUUAUUUCAAUUUCAGUUUAGUUAAAUACUAAAAUGUAACACGUGGUUAACCGUUGAGUUCGAUGAUUUGUAUUAGUAGAUAAUUACUAAUUAAUAUGACGUAUCUUAUAUUAAUUAUACUACAGGUGGGUGUUAUGGACUGAUUUGACAGUCGACAACAAAUAAAUAAAUUAAGUGAACACACACAGAUCAUUAAAUAACAAUACUACUACGUUUUAAAUCCAAGAAAACAAAUGUUAUUGCGAAUAGAAAAAUGGAUUUACGGAGGUUCUGCUGAAUGCUCUGCUAUAACUCGACAGCCGUCGUACGUCGUUCCGUGAACGACGUUGGCAUAACGUUAUAAUAUCGUCAAUGGAAAUAAGUUGAUUUUAAUUUUCUUAUUUUAGUUUUAACUUCUAGCACAUUAAAACCAACAAUGUUCAUAGUUUUUACAAUUUUUUAGUAGGCCGAUUCCCGCAUUUGUUUAUAUUUGUAUAAUUUACAUUUUACACACCACAGACAUUCGUGAGUCUUAACUUUUUACACAAACUUAAUCGCAUUUCAUUUUUCAGUCGUUUUACACGUUUUAUAAAUAUAUAAAAGCAAGCAAAAACGCAAAUAGACAAUUUGGAAGAUCAUCAGAAAUACGCACGUAAUCCUAUUUUAUUGAUACUUGUCACUAAAUACUAACACCGGGUAGUCACACGUUGCGAGCGCAAAUGCGAGUAAAUCAGAGGCAUAAGGGGGGAAUUUACUUGUCGUUAGUAAAUAAAACACACAUCUAUUAAUUUGCACUCAAGGUUUUACAAGUGCUUAGUACUAUUUUUAUUGUUUACACGCAAGAUGCGCGUGCGAGUGACAAGUACUAAUAACAAGUACUACGCGUGUAAACUACAAAAGACAUAUUAUAGGGCUAAAAUAAAUUCUCUUAAAAAUUAUAAGAAAAACAAUAAAUAAUAUCUCAUAUCAACCGAAAAAAAUAUAAAUUAUUCCAAAUAAUAAUUUAAUAUCAGUUUGUGUGUCAGCCUAUACUAAAAUGUAUUUAUUUGCUUUAUCAUCAACAUGAGUUAAAUAAUUUCUCAGAACUCUGAAUUAUUUCUUACUAAAAUAUAAAAAUUUAAUUCAAAUUUAAAUAUUUGUAAUCUUUAUCACCGCAAUCCAUGUUAAAAUUAGAGUUUUAAUUCCGGUUCAUAAAAAUAUUAAGUCAAUAACUUAAUAUUAUUAUUUUCUUAAUCAUAUUUGGUUUUCAAAAUAAUUAUGCGCGCAGAAAUUUUUCAAGUGUAACCCAAGGUCACCAAUUAAGAUAUACCUAAGGUAUAUCUAAAUCCGUGCCCAAGGUCAAUGUCAUACUGGCGAGGAAACUGACAAACAAUCGGCUCUAAUACGACACAUUUACAACGGGGAUUUUUAUUUUCAAGGUUUCAGUUUGCGGAGGCGUCGACCAAUACACUCGUCUGUCAUCGCUGAUCAUCGGUGCCAUUGGCUGUCUCGUCUACUUGGUGUUGCAGUGGCUGGUGCCCUUUAUAAAAGGUACUUACGUAGUACGACAUAAUAUACGAAGUGAUCUAAACCGUUUUAAACUUAAGUCACCGAGGAAUCAUCGACAUCGACUUUUGAUGUCUAAUAUAGGUAACAUAAGCAUUCGAGAUUAGGCAACCCCAAUGGUCAAUUUUAUACGGAAAGAAUCUUCAAGAUUGGUUCGUAAAAAUACAAUCGUUCUCAAAAACGAAAAAGAACUUAGUGAUCGAGUUUCAGUUCACUACCGUUACCGGCUGCAUCCGAGUUGGGCCCGUGUAUAAUUAUAAAAAUAUUUAAUGAUAUAAAAAUGAUAAGGAAACUCUAACACAUAACACAUUUAACACGUUAAAUCUGUAUGUUAUAAAUUUCAACCCAAUUAUUAAUUGAAAGCCAUAUUAACAACUAGACGAUGAACAAUUUGUAAAUCACGAAAAUAAAAUAAUAAACAUUAGAAACAAAAACAUUUUUAACCAUACCUGUAACUAAAUAUUAUAAGACAGUCCUAGGUCUGUAAAAAAUGGGAAGGAAAAUGUUUUUUUUUUUUUUGGGGACCCAACAAGUACAGCAGGCCUGGUUAACACGGGACCCAAACUAAAACAGUAGGUUUUUAUACACGGGACCAAACUGAUGAACAAUUGGAAUCUGGGACCCAACUAGUAUGCACCGCCGUUACCAACAUCCGAUAUCCCGAUAACAAUCAGAGCACGCUUGCGUUGGUUUUUGACAUUUCCAUUGGCUUUAUUGGCAAUUAUUUUAGCCUUUAUCGUUCUUCGAUCGUUUCGGUUUUUGAUCAGUUAUUUACAAUAAAUUCAUUGCCGUCUUUAGCAUUUCAAGAAAAAAUUGUCUAUUUUCCAUUACACUUCUCCCCCCCCCGACAUCUAAUUGGAAAUAUGUAUAAAGUAUAUUUUGUAAAAGUAAUAUUGCAAUCGACACGACAUUCACGUGGGAAUUUUUCGUUUCAGUGGACGAUCCUCUGGAAUGUACGGCCGUUCAUUUCGGGGGCGGACUCUGGGGAGUAAUAGCCGUGCCGUUGUUCGUGAAGGGAGGAUUCUGGAACAACAGGGAUUCGAUGUCGGUAAGUUAGCGCGACAGAUCGUGGUGGUCGCAAAUGUCACUGUAAAAUUGAAACCUAGUAGGCUGAUAGUAAAAAAAAAAAAUAAUAAUAAUAAUAAAAAUACGAUAUUUUAUUUGCAGCUGUUAAUAUCGAACUCGAUCGGAGCCGGAUCCAUAAUCGCAUGGUCGACGGUGAACAGCGUAAUACUGUUCGGAUUUCUUAGGGUAUUCGAUCUGCUUCGCGUAUCCAAGGACAAAGAAAUUGCCGGUAAGUAUAUUACGUCGUCGGUUUCUGUAUAGUACGUACGUGUACUGAUGAUAUCACGCGUAUUGCGCUUUAUAGGUUUGGACAUGAGCCUUCACAAAGAACAAGCGUAUCCGGUGACCGCACUGAGCGUAGAAAACGGACAUAAAAGUAAGUAUAUUACUAUCAAUAUUAAAAUAUUAGUUUUUCCUGGGCGUACAAAAUGUUAGUAUUAAUUAAAAAAUACGAUACGUAUUACGGAUUUCUUUUUUUUUCUCUGUAAGGCUUUUCUACCAGCAAUUUUGCUCAGAUUUACAACGAUAGCACUUUUUCUUAAAGAAAAUCUGACCGGGGAGGUACUUUAGAGAAGUCAAUUUUCAAUUUCCCCAACAAAUGAGAAAAAACAUGGGAAAACCAGGAAAAUCGGUACAAUAUUAAAUAAAUAAAUGUUUAAGAAAUUAUAUAAUGCCUAUUUAAUUAUGUUAUCAUAAUAUAACAUGUAUAUUAUUGACAAAGCAUCACUAUCAAUUGAACUCCGCUCAGAAUCGUUUUUUUCUUUAAUAAUGGUGAAUCGUUGCUCACAGAUAUACAUUAAAUUACCUAUAACAGUGGCUGCACCCAUCUCCGUUAUCCUAGGAUGUCUUUUUAUAAUAUGUACUGUAAACUGAAUUAUAAAAAGAAAAGACUUCCUAAAAUAAUGGGGCCACUUCCGCUACUGUUAUAGGUAAUUUAAUGUAUAUCCGUUCACAAACAUUAACCAUUGCUAACGAAAAACGAUUCUGAACAGACUUCAGUUGAUAGUGAUAUGUUGUCAACAAUAAAGUUUAUGUCAUAUUACGGUAAUAUAAUUAAACAGGCAUUAUAUAUUAUAUUUAAUAUGAUACAAUUUGUUCAUUGAACUGAUUUUCCCGUUUUUCCUACAUUUUUCGCAUGUCUUCACAUUUGCAGGGAAAAUUCUUGAGAAAUUUGAACGGCCUCUAUAAAGUACUUCCCCACACCGAUUUUCAACCAGAAAAAAUGCUACACAUAAAAAUCGGAACAAGUACUUUGGUAGAAAAGUUGUCUACAGAAAAAAAAAUAAACACCUUUGUAAAACCAUAAGUUUCUUCGCUCCACUCAGAAUUUAAAAUACAAAUUUCUUUAAAAAUCUUUUAUUAAUUCUUGGUUACAGAAUGCGUUAAAAAAUAUAUAUAUAUUUUUUAUGUAAAUAAUGAAAAACACCUAAAAAGGUUGCUUGUUUAAUGUCAAAAUAUUGGAAAAAUCAUUACAAAUAUUUCGAAAAAAUUUACGACAAAUUCAAAAUAAAAAAAGUGACAUUUACUUGAAAAAGAGAACGAAUGGCAACCCUAUUUAAUAAUUAAACAGCGAUGUUGAAAUACCAUAUUGUGAUAGUGAAAAAGAGAUUCCGCACAUUUUCUGUACAGUUUUAGGUUGUAUUUCAGGACAUCCCCUUUGGUAAUCAGGGCUACGCGCCUGGUCGCACACACAGUAAUACUUGUUCUGUUUGGAAAACAACACAGAUUUAUAAAACAUUUCUAUUAUAGAAUCCAUUUUUUUUUUUUUUUAUCAUUGCCAGACGUCAAAGCCACAGUCAUCAGAAACGCCUACGACAACAUGGCGAUGCAAACCGCUCAAUGAAAAACUCCAUUGCGAAAUUGAAGGAAGGAAAAGAAGCCCGAGAUUAAUAUUUGCACGCGAUCAUCAUAGUAUAUAUGUACCUACCAGUCGAGACGCGCAAUACAAUUGACAUUUUUCUUUUUUUUUUUUCUUGGCAUUCGAAAUCCCCAUUUUUCGGUAGGAAACUUAUUUAUUCCAAAUUGAUAAAACAAUAGUAAAAUUUCGUACCGUUACCGUCGCUCGGUCUCUAAACCGCGGCGUUUGAAUAUUAGAAUAUCGCGUUUUUUGUUGGACAAUAUUCAUGUAUAAUUUGAUUAUUAUUUAAUGUAAUGUGAACAAAAAAAAAAAUCCCAUACCCAUCUGUUUUAUAUUUAAUUUUAAACUUUACGUAUUAUUAUGUUGUGUUAUUACCUAAUAUUGUACGAAAUAUGUGAAAAUAUCGAAUUUAUUUUUAAGUAUUUAAAACCUAUAUUUAAUAUCGUUAAUUAAUAUUAUUGUUAUUAAUAUUAUUAUUAUUAUUAUUAUUAUUAUUAUAAUAUCUACUGUUGGUAUUGCCCGUCGACGGAGAGUCGAUUUAUUUAUUAUUAAAGCGGUGAUUAUAUCGUAUCUGCCG